AUGGUAGUCUACAAUGAGAACCAUGAAACACCUUUCAGUAAGAAAGGCCAUGUCAUAUAUGAGAAGGCAAAUUUCUUCAUAGACUCUCGUUACGAAAUUCAGAGGAUCCUAGGAAAAGGAUCUUACGGUACUGUUUGCUCCGCAAUUGACAAAAAGGUGAAAGACAGCACCAGGCCUAGUGAAAUCGCCAUCAAAAAAGUCUCGAAUAUCUUCACCAAAGAAGUAUUGUUGAAGCGGGCAGUAAGAGAAUUGAGACUAAUGAGGCAUUUCAAAGGUCACAAAAAUAUUGUCUCGCUAAUUGAUAUUGAUAUUGUAUAUAUCAAACCUUUCGAUGGUUUGUAUUGUUUCCAAGAACUCAUCGAGUAUGAUUUGGCUAGAGUUAUCCAAUCAUCAGUACAGUUUUCUGAAUUCCACAUAAAAAGUUUUUUGUAUCAACUUCUAUGUGGGCUUAAAUAUAUCCAUUCAGCUGAGGUUAUUCACAGAGAUUUAAAACCAGGAAAUGUAUUAUGUACUAUGCAAGGAAUCUUGAAAAUUUGUGAUUUUGGAUUGGCUAGAGGAAUUUGCCCGAGUUAUUUAAGAAAAUCAACGUCAAUAAUCACCAAUUAUGUUGCCACUCGAUGGUACAGGGCUCCUGAAUUGAUUUUAAGUAAACGAAGUUAUUCUAAACCGGUUGAUAUGUGGGCAAUUGGUUGCAUUUUUGCGGAAUUGUAUGGCAGAAGACCAUUAUUUAUUGGUAAUGACCAGCUAAAUCAGAUUACUGAAAUAAUUAAGGUCUUGGGUACUCCACCAGAAGAGGCUAUUUCAAAAUAUGGCUCUCGAAUGGCCUGGGAGUUUUUCUCACCCCCUAAACCCCAAUACCAGGCAAUUCCUUGGUGUGAUAUUUAUGCCCAUAUCAGCAAUGAGGCAGCUGACUUGUUGGAGCACUUGAUAUGUUGGGAUAUAUCCAGGAGAUAUUCAGUGGAGAAGGCAUUAGACCAUUCCUUCUUGAAAAGCAUUAGAGAUACUAAUAAUGAACCAAGCUGCAAACAACCAUUUGACUUUAGUUUUGAAAACACAGAAACAACUUUGCCAGAUUUGAAGGUGAUACUUCAGAAGGAAGUAGAAAGCUUCCGUGUUGAAAGAAGUGGCAAUAAAAUUCAUUCGUGA